UUAUUGGUCGACUCUGAAAAAGGGUCUCGACGAGUGUCAUGCAACCCUUUAUUGACUCCAACUUGGGGUCCGUGACACUGCAGUAACAAUGCACAUGGUCCACAACCGUUGGCAAUCCUUGUUCUCCCCUUUCAUUCUCUCGGAUUGUGAUCAGACCUGCGGGGGUUUUAGAACUGGGUAUUGCUCUGCAACUCAUACUACAAGUUGCUUGCUGCAAAUAAAUCCAUCCCUUCCCUUUACUUUCGAAGAAAUGCUCCAUCUUCUGUGCAAAAGAAAAGGUCUUAUACCUCUGCUGCUCGUAAACCCUUGCAAGAGGAAUAAGAGGAGUGAUAUUGAUUUUGCGGUAGAAACUGUAACAAAGGUGGGUUUUUAUUUUUCUCUCCGAAAUAUAUCAUUCUCGCAGAAGAAAUCAUGCCCAUCUGCACAGGUUGAGCAACCAGAGUCACACUCAUUUACGGUGUCUUACCUCAUCAAUUCUUGUGGGUUGUCCCCAAAAUCUGCGAUCUCUGCAUCUAAGAGUGUAUAUUUUGAGACCCCUGAGAGAGCCGACGCCGUCCUCGCCUUCCUCAGAAAGCACGGAUUCAUAGAUGCUCAGAUCUCCCAAGUAAUCAGGGACGCCCCAUGGCUGCUUGCGGAAAGUCCUGAUAGAGCCCUUCUCCCCAAACUCCAGUUUUUCCUUUCUCUGGGAAUGCCAGCCGCAGAUGUCGCUAUGAUCCUCUCGUCAAACCCCCGAUUCUUUAAAUGCAGCUUGAAUAACCGACUUAUCCCCAACUAUAAUUUCUUGAAAUCCGUAGUGCAAGAUAAAGAUAUUGCUUCUGCUUUGAGGAAAGGUUCGCGUUUGUUCUUUUGCCAGGAUGUGCAAAAGAAUGUCGCCCCCAAUAUCUCAGUGUUAAGAAAACUUGGAGUGCAUGAAUCUUUGGUGGCGGUGUUGGUCUCUCAUACUCCUUCUGUGGUGGGGCGAAAUGCCGAGAGUUUUGAAGACGCCGUGAAGAAGGUCGUUAGAAUGGGAUUCAACCCACUAAGAUUGGGUUUUAUUCAAGCAGUCCAAGUGAUUUUGGGAAUGAAUGAAUCUACACUGAAACAUAAGGAAGAGGUCUAUGGGAGGUGGGGUUUGCUUGAAGAAGAGAUUUGGUUGGCAUUCAGAAAGCAUCCCCUAUGUAUGAAGUUAUCGGAUAAGAACAUAAUGAAUGUCAUGGAUUACCUUGUGAAUAGAAUGGGUUGGCAGCCUGCAGCUGUAGCCAGAUGUCCAUGGGUUCUUAAUUGUAGUUUGGAAAAGAGGAUCAUCCCUCGGUCUUCAGUUGUUAAGGUUCUGUUGCUAAAAGGCUUGAUAAACCACGAUGUAAGUUUAGGUCAAGUGUUUUUAAAGCCUGAAAAUUUUUUCUUGGAUAGGUUUGUGAGCAGAUAUCAAGAACAUGUUCCUCUACUAUUAGAUAUUUAUCAAGGGAAAAUAGAUCCUUUGAAGCUAGACUUUGGAUCUGACAAAAUAAGUGGGAUCAAUCAAUCUUAGCAUUGUCAGUAUGGGCGACUCAUAGUACCUUGUUUGUCUGCUUGCAACUUGAAGCAACUUGGCUUUCAUGGGAUGGUGAUUUCAACCCCAAAAUUCCAUAUUGAUCCCUAUCUGCUUCUAUCAUUGAACUAUCUGCAACCCUCAUCCACCACAUGGAACUGCUGUGUGGCUCAGAAGCCAUAAGCCGGUGGAGAACAUUGACGGGCAAGCUUGUUUGACUUAAGCAGGAUGAUUUCAAGACAAUUACUAAGUUGGUACUAUUGCAUAAUUGGACUUCUUUGGUUUUAGCUUAUUUAUGUGAGUUCCUCUUUGAAGAUUUUCAUUUUUUUCACUUCUACUUGUGUAGUUUCGCAAAAA